AUGGCUGCAUACAGUCUAGGAGACGCCAUGGGGGACGACGCAAUCGACAAUCCCCCGCUCAUCAGUAUAGGCCAAAUGCCCCACGUUGCCUACGUUCGUCGCGGGCGAGAGGACUGGGCCGGCAUCACUGAUCGCAAGGAACGAAAGAGAUUGCAAAACCGGUUGAACCAGAGGGCGCGACGGCAGAGGAAGUCAAACGUCACUGCGGGAGAUGGGCACCACGAGAUUCGAGGAAGCUCCUCCUCUGAGGAAGAGUUCCGCACCAUGGAUGAAGACAUCACGGAACACAAUAUUCAGCAGAGGCGCUACUAUUUGGAUAAGUUUGCUCAGAGAGCAUUGCAGAGCUAUCUGAUGAGUCAACCGAGUCCAGACCACCUACUGAAGGUUAUUCAGCUUAACACCAUCAAUGCUUUCACAAGGAACGCAACGGCUCUCGGUCUACAGACUGACUGGCUGAUAUGCCACGCCGUCUCUCCAUUUGGCCAAGAGGAAGGAAUUACAAAGGAAAUGCUACUAGUGGCGACUCCUCAGUGUCCCACCAGCUUAGUGCCAACAACGCUUCAGAGGAGCGUUGAGCACCAUCCUUGGGUCGACCUCUUUCCAUCUCCCAAGAUGCGUGACAACUUCCUUGCGGCCAUGGUCGGAAACUGGGAUGAUGAGAAAGAAGACCAGCUAUGGUUCGAUCUAAUUGAAACAGGUGGAGACGUCGGGGGCACCGGCUUGAUCGUCUGGGGCGAACCGUGGGAUGCCCGAAGUUGGGAGGCCACAGUGCCGUUUUUGAGGAAAUGGGGAUGGAUUGUGCAAGGGUGCAACGAACUCCUCGACGCAACAAAUUACUGGCGACGUAAACGAGGCGAAAGACCUCUGAAUUUCGGCUUGCCAGGUCUGUAAAUAGCAUCGUCGGAGGCUAUCGCGGCAUGUGUCAUUCAGGUUGAGCCUGUAGGUCUGGCUGAUUUUGGGAUCCGAGAUGAGAGAUCUUUCUGUGUUGUACCCUGCGUAUGACUCGUGAUGUCAGCCAAAUUCUUUCUUGGGAUGGUAAA